AUGGCUCUGCUGCUGUGCAUCAGCGAAAGCUUCCUCACUGUGAAAGGUGCAGCUCUCUUCCUGCCACGGGGAAAUGGGUCGUCUACUCCCAGGAUCAGUCACAGGCGCAACAAGCAUGCAGGGGAUCUCCAGCAACACCUGCAGGCCAUGUUCAUACUGCUCCGCCCAGAAGACAACAUCAGACUGGCUGUAAGACUGGAAAGUACCUACCAGAACCGCACUAGAUACAUGGUGGUAGUGUCCACCAACGGCAGACAAGACACUGAAGAGAGCAUUGUCCUGGGAAUGGAUUUCUCUUCCAAUGACAGUAGCACUUGUACAAUGGGCUUGGUGCUGCCGCUGUGGAGUGACACCUUGAUCCACCUGGACGGGGAUGGAGGGUUCAGUGUAUCAACAGAUAACAGGGUUCAUAUAUUCAAGCCAGUGUCUGUACAGGCAAUGUGGUCUGCUCUGCAGAGUUUACAUAAGGCUUGUGAGGUGGCACGACUCAACAAUUACUACCCAGGGAGCCUCUUCCUCACGUGGGUCAGUUACUAUGAGAGCCAUAUCAACUCCGACCAGUUGUCAGUAAAUGAGUGGAAUGCAAUGCAAGAUGUCCAGUCCCACCGGCCCGACUCGCCCGCCCUCUUCACAGAUGUCCCAACUGAGCGGGAACGCACAGAACGGCUAAUUAAGACCAAGUUAAGGGAGAUCAUGAUGCAGAAAGAUUUGGAGAACAUCACAUCAAAAGAGAUACGGACCGAGCUGGAGAUGCAGAUGGUCUGUAACCUGCGGGAGUUCAAGGAGUUCAUUGACAAUGAAAUGAUAGUGAUCCUUGGGCAGAUGGACAGCCCCACACAGAUAUUUGAUCAUGUCUUUUUGGGCUCGGAAUGGAACGCCUCCAAUUUGGAAGACUUGCAGAACAGAGGGGUGCGGUAUAUUUUGAAUGUGACUCGAGAAAUAGAUAACUUCUUCCCUGGACUCUUCGAAUACCACAAUAUUCGGGUAUAUGAUGAAGAAGCAACAGAUCUUCUGGCUUACUGGAAUGACACAUACAAAUUCAUCUCCAAGGCAAAGAAAAAUGGUUCUAAGUGCCUGGUGCACUGCAAGAUGGGAGUGAGCCGCUCGGCAUCCACGGUGAUCGCCUACGCCAUGAAGGAGUACGGCUGGAACCUGGACAGGGCCUACAACUACGUGAAGGAACGGCGCACCGUCACCAAGCCCAACCCCAGCUUUAUGCGGCAGUUGGAGGAAUACCAAGGGAUCCUGCUAGCCAGCAAACAGCGACAUAAUAAACUGUGGCGCUCACAUUCAGACAGUGACCUCUCGGACCAUCAUGAGCCCAUCUGCAAGUCCGGACUGGAGCUGAACAAAAAGGAGAUCACCACCUCAGCUGACCAGAUCUCAGAGGCGAAAACCAAUGACAACCAGCAACCAAUGUCUCCCAUCUACUCAACUGAGCUAGACAGGGAGCAGCAGCUCCCAGAGGAUGCAAACAUGAUCGAAGAGAUGUGUGUGAAGGAGAGAAGGAUCCACCUGGAGUUUACAUGUCAAGACUUCCACGCUGAGCAGAUGGAGGACAAGCUAAACCUGAACAAUAUCAAUAGCUGUACGACAGGAUGUUGUGUAGACUCUGUCCCCCCUGAUAACUGCCACGCUUCUGAGGCCUUAAUGCAACUCCAGCACUCCUUGGAAAUAACAGAGUUUCCUGAUUUGGCAGUGGACGAUCUAGAAAAAGAUGCCCUUAAGCCUGAUAUGAACGUGCACUUGGUUCCCAUGGAAGAAUUCACUUCGUGCUUAAAAGACUUUCCCCAGUCUCCAAACCAAAAUUCCCCGAGCCUCCAACAGAAUCCCCAGCCAGAAGUGACAGACCUCAGUACAGACAGGAUUGAUUUCUUCAGUGCUCUGGAGAAAUUUGUGGAGCUUUCCCAGGAGAGCCGGUCGCGCACCUGCUCCCAUUCCAGGACAGAGGAGCAAGGGAGUGGAAGGAACGGGGUCUCCAGGGUGCCUGUGCUGGAAGUGCCACCUGCUGCAGAUGGGAGUGCAGAUGCUCAAAGAAACAGCUCUGGAAACUCUCCUCAGGCAUCAGAUGAUUCUUCCACAGAUGAAGAACAACAAAAGGAGAUCUCUGAGCUGCCUAGUGCAGGCCACCUCACAAGAUCUCACUCAGAAAAUGCCAUUUCUGUGAAGGAAAUUAUCACCGAGAUUGAGUCAAUCAACCAGGGAGCAGGACCUGCCCAGCAGAAAGAGAGUUCAGCCAACCUCACCCAGACACCAAAGAGGAACACGGUGCAUGACCUGCCAGUGGAGGCCAUUUGGGCAUCAGAAAAGGGGGAACAGAGCGAAGGAGCCUGUGCUGGACACCAGGAAAAGGAGAAGGACCCUCUGCAAGCUGAGCAAGAACCUGCCCCCCCCCUGCAACCAUCUUCUGGUAAAUCAGACCUGGAGAAAAGCAGCCCUGGCGGGGAGCAGCAAGAGCCUCGCAGCUCCAUCAACCCUGAACCCAAGUGGUGCCCCGGCUCUGUCCGACGAGCCACCCUGGAGUUCGAGGAGCGCUUGAGACAGGAGCAGGAGCACCAGCACACGUCCCCGGUCUGCGUCUUACCCACCCGCAAGAACUCCAGGAACGACUCUCCUGCUGCCGAGCUCCUGCCUCGGGGGAAGAGCGAGGAGCCGCCCCUGGAGCUGGCUCCGGAGGGUGACAAGGCACAGGGAGCAGGUGCUGAGGAGCUGCUGCUGCCUCCCGAGGAAGAGCUGCCUGCAGACAGACACCUGCCUGCACCCCUUGCCUCCCCUGCGCAGGAGUCCCUGCCUGCAGAGCCCAGCCUGCGGCAGGAGGGAACAGCUCAAGAGCACAGGACAGUGGUCUCAUUUGAUGGGAUGGAGGAGCCAUCUCUGCCCUCCCUCCUCCCGAAAAGAGUUGAAAUCAUUGAAUACGCUCCCACGGCCAAGUCUGCAGAGCGCCCCGACGCAAGCUGUGAGCAGGGCGGGCUGGCCGCCGCCAUCCCGUCUUUAGAUGAAAACUUGAACCCUUCAUUGUGCUCAGAGAAGGCCCCAACCUGCCUCAGAACUCUGACGCUGGUAAACCUCUCGCUGCCGGAGCACGCGGUACACAAGCAGGCCGCCUUCACUGUGGGCAGCCCCAGCGAGGAAGGUGGGGGGUUAUCUCUUCACCUUGGUGCUGCGUCUCCCUCUACACCUUCGGCCAGCCUAGAUCGCUCUCCUUACCCCUACAUAAUUCACCUGGAAGGCGUCACUGAGCAGAGCACGGGUACAGACGAUGAGCCGCUCACGCCCUGUGGCACUGAGGGAGACGCCGCUCUCCCACCCAGGGACAGACCCAAAUCCCUCUGCAGGGCGGGGACCGGCACCUCGAGGCAGCUGAGCCACGAGGACUUGAGCAGCCAACGUGCCGAAAACAUGGACCUUCUGGACAUCUCCUUCCUGUGUUACAGCCUCCCCCGCAGCUCCAGCAGCCACAACGUGGAGGAGCGCAGCAACAGCCCCGGGCUGGUCAAGCAAAGAGCAAAAGAAAUAGAGGCUCGGAUCCGGCACGCGGGGCUCACCAUGCCCUCCCCCAUGAAACGCUCGGCCUCCUUGGCCAAACUGAACUGCCUGGGCCUCUCCAAGGACGACUUAUCCGAGAGGCAGUCGGCCUCUGCCGAUGCCAACCCUGUGCUUCUCACCUGUGUUGCUCUCAGUCGAGGCUUUUGCGGGGGGAGGUUGGAGAGGGGCUCAGAAAGCGCGUGUGGAAAGCAUCGCCUUUCCUCCCCGGAGCCCGCUAAGCAUUUUGUGGAACAGCUCAGAACAGCCGAGUGCAUUGCCCAGAGCAAGCCGGUGGAGAGGCCGCUAGCUCAGUACGCCAAAGAGUGUGGCUCCAGCCAGCAGAGUUUGUUUUCCAGCACGGAUCCAACGUGGACUAGCUCCGAGGAGGGUCCUCCACUGCUUCAGGUGCAGGUCCUGGACUCCUUGUCUCCAACUCGAGGUCUGGCUGUCGCACCCCGGCAGCAGCACGGGAGAACUCAUCCUCUGAGGAAGCUCAAAAAGACCAAUGAUAAAAAGCGAACAACCAAUCCCCUCUAUAAUACAAUGUGAUCCUGAGCCCUCGGCUGUGGUUUCUUACCGAGAACCCGUGGUGUUGCGUUCACGUAAGGGGCAGGUGUAAUAUAAGGAACAUGCACUUUAUUGGUUAAUUUUAUAUAUAUAUUGUCAUUUUACUGUUCCUGGCGCAUGUAGGUGUGGGUUGGUUCUUCUGUGUGUGACUCUGACUGCAGGACUGUUUGGGUUUUUUUAAGUUUUUUAACUCAGAUAACCUCAAAUGUUCUUUUUUUGUUGUUGUUAGUUUGUUUUAAAAGAACACCUUUAACAUGCGAAAAUUUGAUGUUGGCUUGCUUUGGCAAGGUGGAGUUUUGCUUAGAACCAGAUCCUAGUUCCUAACUUGAAUUUUCCCCAUGCCUUGAAAUGGUGCUGGGCAGUUGUUGGGGUGAGAGCCCCCAUAAAUGUGAAGGCUGUGCCAAGGUCCCUUUGGCCUUUCUUUGGUUUCUAUAAACUGGAACUCCACGAUGCUGGCAGAUCACUCACAAAGCUGCUUCAGGACAAACCCCCAGGCUCUGUUCAGCUGGUGCAUCCCCAAAAGGAGCACACAGGGGUGAAUCCUCCUGACGGAUGGGCUCUGAGAACCCGGGGCAGCCUGGCACCGAGCUCAGCGCUCGCCUCCUGCUGUGGGUCGUGCAGAGCCCCCCCGUUUUGUGGUGAGGUGGAGCAGAACUCCUCCACAAAACUGCCAAGCUCACCUCUCCUUGGCUGUCCCAGACCUGCGGGUGAGAGGAGGAGAGCCCCCAAGCCAGUGUGUUCUUUUAAAACAAACGCCUCGUUAGGGUUUUAACCCUCCCAUUACUUGAAUACUGCUGUGGGCCUUCCAAGUUCAUGGCCAUAUCAUCUGUCCUCGGCCCUCCUGCUGCCUCUCCUCUGCCUGAAAGCUGUUCUUGUCUCGUGCUGCCUGAGUUUUCCUCUUUUCUUUGCCACACUCACAGGCACUUCUGGUCGCUCCCAAACCUAGAGGUUGAUUGUUACACGACAUAUUGCCCCUACUGAAUGCAAAGCUUUGUCCUCUCUGCUGUCACUCCUAACACUCAACCCAGAGGGAAGGUCUUUUCUGGAAGUUUUUUUUCUUUUUUUCUUUUUUUUUUUUUUUCCCUAAAUUGUAUAUAUGGUAUUUAUAUAGAUUUUUUUUUUUGUCAUUUCUAUGGGUUUUUUUUAAAAAAAAGGGCAAGACUGAAUUCUGUAAACUGGAAAACAAAACCACCUUACUCAAACUCAGUGCUGUUCAUUGUAAUCUGCACAGAAAUGGGAGUGGAUUUGAUGUUGUAAGCUGUCUUCCCUUUCUAAAAGUGAGCCUUGAUGCCAGCCUUUGCCAAACGUGUCCCUUCUCCAGUCCUGCGUGAACCCCCAUUACCCCACUGCGGGAAGAGCACUGCAGCUCUGUCUGUCUCCCUCCCGCUUGAAGCUGGGUUUCAGAAGUGCCAGCUGGACAUGGGAAAGCUGUUGGCUGCUCCGAGCCAUUCUGCAGUUUCUUGCUUCCCUGGAGAACCUGUUUGAAGACUCUUCUCCAAAUUUUAUCAAAUUAUUUUAUGGUUCCCAAGCAGUUGGGCUAAAUCAAAGCUCCUUAUUUCCAGCCGUGCAUGUCAGCAAAUUGUGUGUGUGCUGUAGGAGCAGAGAGAAAGGCCCUUGGCUGUACAGCCAGGAGAGCUCUGGGUCCUGUCUGCAGUCCCGUGGCAGGUCUGUGGCAGAAGAGCGUGUCUGAGCUGGUGCUUGGCUCUGGCCCAGACCUGCCCUCCAGGGAGGAGCAAAGCGGAGAGAAGAUGCAGAAUGGCUCCAGCUGCUGAAAGCCCAAGCAUGGGGAGGACGCGGUGUGGGACGAGCAGCAGACAGGGCCGUGCCUAGAAAGCAGUGCUGAUGCUGCAGAGCCUUGCGAGCUCUGAUGGGGCAAACUUGUGUUGAGUGCACAGCACCGGAGUGCUCUGGAGUAUUGGGAAGCAGCGUGCGCCUGCCCUGGGGAAGGAGUGUCCAUAACCCCCCCAGCUUGCCCGCAGCCCCUGGCAGAGGAUAGCCUAGCAGUUUACAAAGUAAUCCCACCUCACUACCUUCCUGUAACUCCCAGAGCUCCUCCCGCACUGCCUGGCAGAGCCUGUGUGCCCUCAGCCUGGGCACGGGGCCGUGAGCGUCUGUCUGUCCUUGUCCAGCAGCAUCGUGCCCUUCGUCCUUCCCUUUCCGAGGAGCCUGAGCCCUGCCGGGGGGUUGUUGCCCGUGCUAGCUGCAGGCUGGAGCACAGCCCGAAGUAGCCCAGCAGGGCCCUGUCUUGGGUCAAAUAGCACGUCGUCCCAGGCCAUUUCAGUCACUAGAAGUCACCCAAGUCCCUGGCCCAGGUUGCCAGAUACUUCUUUGGGACACUGAAAAACAUUUGGCUUCUCCUAGCCCACUCCAGCUGGCUACAGAGCUGGGCAGGCAGUGUGGAAAGGCCAAGUGGCUCAUAUCAUCUUGUAAAGGACAAUUUCAGUCCUUGCCUCGCCCACAAACCUCACCAGACCCCACCACCCACCAUUCCUGCUCCCAAGGACAUGUCUGCAUGCCCCUCUGCGGGCAGAAGGGACGGGGUGCUGCCAAGCCUGCCCUGUGUUGGGGGGAGCAGGCUUGGCUGGCAGCGUGUCCUGGUGACAAGGAUCUGCUUGGGAGGGGAAAGCCCUGUAUAUAAUUUGUUCCCUUGAGAAGGGAGGAGGAAGAAGAUUAGGUUUCUUUACCCAGUUAUUCCUCGGGAGAAAUACCCUGUAGGAAGGCUCUUCCAUGCAGACCAGAAAUGCUGCUUCCUUCCAAUACUCUGCUGCUGUCUGGGUGCUUCAGCUGGGGAGAGCGGCAAAGGGGCAAAUCCCCUGGCAGGGAGGUGCUUUGCUCUGCCCUUGUCCUCAUGCUGGCCCAGUACAACUGUGGUUUUUCCCUGAGAAGCCUGCAGACGGGCGGAGGGAGUUGGGGAAGGCGGUUCUCUUGCAGAGUUUAGGCGGUUUUGGAGGUCUGGAGGCUCCGACGUGGGCAGCAGAAAGGCUGGAGGGACGUGUCACAUGCAGCUUUGCGGGGGUCCUGGGGCCUCCUUGCUGGGGCAGUGGAGCCACCAAGUCCCUGGCAUCAGAGGGCUCUGCCUGGGGACUCUUGUCCCUUCUCCAUGCUGGUGGAUCAUGGGUGGGUGGUGGCUCGCUCCUGGUCCCUUUGGCCACCCCACGAGAGCUUCUUGUGACCUGCUGAGCACCACGGGGAGCAGCACCUCCAGGAUGCUCAGCAGCUGACAAGCCUCACUGAUAGAGGGGUUUUAAGAGAAACCUGUUGUUCUAAGGGCAUUUUUGUACAAAGCAAUGGUUCUUUUGGUCUCUUGCAAAGCCCUCUCGGAGGACGCUUUAUUGUUUACAUUGACUCCUGUACGAUAUCUCAGCCAUCGCCUCCCCCCUUGCCCGCCCCGACUCGGCUGUACUGUAACGGAGCCUUGCACAAAUGGAUAGCGUGUGCGUGAAACUGGUUUUUACACUGCGUUCUGUUGCACUCGGUGUGCGUGCGUGUGUGCGUGUGUCCGGUCUGCUUGAGAAGUUGUGACAUGUACAAAUCUCUCCCUUUUCAACCCCUUCCUGGGGGCACGGUCCCAGCGGGUGGCAGGAGGGUCAGGAGGUAACGCUGCUUCUGGCUCCCUCGGCUGUUCCGUGGGGCAGGGAUCGGCUCCGUGUCCCUCUGCCAGCAGACGCCUGGUGGAGGGGAUCCCACCCCAGCUCCGGCUACUCCAGGGACCUUCUGGGAGGAAUGAGACGCUGGGAAUUGGCACAGGCACCGGGGCCCAGCGGCUCCCAGAGCUCCCCAGCUCUCGCAGCCCAGCAGCAGGAGGAAGCCAUACCCGCCGCAGGUCCCCUGCACCCAUCGUGGUGCGUCCUGCCUUAAUCUGGUCCGAGCUCCACACCAGCGCCAACACUUCUCCCUAAGGGAGGGACCCCCCGAGCCCUUGCUGGCGUGGGGCAGAGGCAGGCGCUGGCCUUGGCGCAGGAGGGGUCUGGGUCACCCUCCAGCAGUGCUGCCAGAGGUGCGAACAGCCCACCCGUACUGCAGACAUCUCUGUUGGCACAAAAGGAGGUGCCGGUGCCUUGUAUUUUCCUGUGUGGACAUGUGACGUCUGCGCGCUGGCUCGUCGGGAGCGCUGCAGGACCGGGCAGUUUGGCCGCACCGUGUCCUGAAGCAGAAGCCCUCGGGGACGGCUGGCGGUGGAGUUGCAAACCGGGGAGGGGAGCGCUUCUGUCUGCCCCUCCUGGAUCUUCCUUGGUGGCUGGGAUUGUCCCCUUUCCCCCUAAAGACUUUAUGACCGAUGUGUUCCGCUGUUUUUAAAUGUGAACUUGUGCACUGAUGUGCAGAUUCAAUGUUCUUGUUACCGAAUGAAUAAAGUUUUAUUUUGAAGAUGA